GUUGCCAGGCACUGGAUGACCAUAACUAAACAAUGUCUGUACCACGUGGAGCUGUCCAUGCAAAAUGGAUAGUGGGGAAAGUAAUCGGAACCAAAAUGCAGAAAACUGCCAAAGUGAGAGUGACGAGGCUUGUGCUAGAUCCUUACUUACUAAAGUUCUUUAACAAACGAAAAACCUAUUUUGCCCAUGAUCCAUUGCAGCAGUGUGUUGUUGGAGACAUUGUUCUUCUGAAAGCUUUGCCUGAGCGAAGGAGCAAACAUGUGAAACAUGAACUGGCUGAGAUUGUUUUCAAGGUUGGAAAUGUCAUAGAUCCAAUAACAGGAAAGCCCUGUGCAGGAACCAGAUUCCUUGAAAAUCUGUCAGAUUCGGAAAAUCUCACAGAGGCAGAUACUAAUUAUUUAAGUGAAAAACUUCAGGAACUUAAAGUUUGUCCAACAGACAAAUAGUGAGGAAAAUAUUUAAACAGAGGGCUUUUCAGCUUGUCUCUGUCAGGGUUGCUUGGGGCCCUGCUGUUGUAUGUUACAUGUUUCAGUGAAAUCUGUAGUCAAAAUAAAUAGUAAACACAGUUGCUUAUAAGAGCGGAUGUUACAGAUUGAUAGGCACCUGAAAUCUUUAAAUGAAAAUAGAGAGAAAAUUUGAGUUUAGUGUUAAUGCUUCAUUUUGUUGCAUGUAGUUUUGCCCCAAGCCUUGACAGUUUCAAAGCCAGCUGCUCACUUGGAAUGACUCUUCUGGAUUGAGAAAGACAAGAAUAUAACUAUAUAAUGUUUAAGUUUGGUGGGAGGGUCAUUAUAUUAUUUGAUCUGUAUUUUGGACAGUCUUUUGUGGUUUGUAGUAUUACUUAAGAUAAUGCUAUUAAACCUUUUGAAAGGAA